AUGACGUCCAACUACGAGGUCAGGCUCUUGCUCGACCCGGAUGCGGUGCUCAGCUUUAAACUCGAGCUAGCAGACACUGUCCUAUCGACUUUUCAUGUGGCCUCAACCACCAAGAUGAAUGUCCAGUUCCUGGACACGUGCUCCAAGGAUAUCUAUACAGCCGGCUGGAGCACUCGUAUACGCAAGGCCGAAAAUGAUGACUUGGAGCUGACGUAUAAGAAGCGGUAUGCCACAUUGCCCGUCCACAGCGGGCGGUGGGCUAUUUGGGUUUUCGAGUGCCCGUCCUUAACGCCCACCGCCCGCGGGCAUGCCCACUAUGCCUACCGUUAUAUAAAGUUGUCUUAA